AUGGCUAGCCAGGGCUACUACCACCAGGGACCUCCUCCCCCCGGGCCUCCCCCCCAGGCCUACGGCGGUUACCCUCCCCAGGGCGGUUACGAACAGGGCUACCCUCCCCAGCAGGGCUACGGCUACCCUCCCCAGCAGGGCGGCUACCCUCCCCAGGGCCAAAUGCAAUACCAGCAGCCUCCCCCGCCUGAAAACAAGGGCAAGAGCGGUGGUCAGGGCUGCCUCGGCGCCUGCUUGGCCACCCUUUGCUGCUGCUUCGUCUGCGAGGAGGGCUGCGAGUGCUGCGCCGACUGCAUUGAGUGCUGCGAGAUGUGCUAA